AUGGUUGAUUCCAGUGAUGAAGAUGAUGCAGCUUUGCAAGCUGCUUUAGCUGCCUCUUUGCGGGAUCUCACAGCAUCAAGCACCAGCCUUUCCCCCAAAGGGCCAGAAUUUAUUGAUCUCACAGCCGAUUCGGAUAGUAGCCCUCCCACCACUGCCCGCAAUGCACCCGUGCCAGAAAGCCCCGAUGAUGAUGGUGAUGAUGAUGAUGAUGAUGAUGAUGAUGCAGAGUUGCGAGCGGCUAUCGCCCUAUCAUUACAGGGAGAGCCUUCUGUGUUAAACCCUCGCCAUCAUCUAGAGGAAGAUAUUCAACCCCAGCAUCCUGUUAUGGCCAAGAACAACGCCAAUACUUUCAAUCUUCUUGGGAUUGAUCGUAAAAAGCUAGAAGAAGAAAGGCUGUCUAGGGUGGCAAAGAAGAGAAAAGCAGAAGAAGCUAGCUCGGCCCAACCGUCCAAAUUGCAAGUCAAAAAGGAUGGCCAGGCACCAAAUGAUCCCAGUGCAGGGUCUAGCAAGGAGUCCUAUGACGCCGCCCUCAAUACGCUGCCACCAGCAGCCUCCUCCACUUUCCGGUUCCCUCAGGGAGCAGUGAGGAAAACCUGGGCUCUUGGCCGUCGACGGGAGAACGACAUCAAAUUCCAAGAGAAGAAAGCGUUUCAGCAGGACUUUGCAGAUAUUCCCAGUGUGCGCCUGUGUUUUGUUCCGAUGGAGCCGCACGUGCUGUUCCUUAUCGAUCUCCCAGUCGUUGGCGGCGAGCCGCAAACACCAACGCAAUUUUUCAAUGACCUAGUCUCUUUCCUCAAAGCGUCAACGGUUCAUGAUAGAGUUAUUGCAAGGCUUUCAUAUUAUGAUUUCACCGCAACAGCUAAGUUUGCAUUUGUCCACACGAUAGGUGGCUCCCACAUGGGAACAGCUCGUAGUCAAACGGGACAUUGGGACGAUGGACUCAAAGAACUCACACUUCGUACCUCCAAGACUUUCCCGUGCCAGAAAUGGGGUGUUACCGUUAAGAAGACGGAUGGUGCGGAGUGGAAAAACAAUUUCCUUGUCUACUUUCCAUCUCUAAAAACAGUGAAGGAUUCUUUAGCGGGCACAAUGGGCGCUGGGACGAUUUGUUUUCAUUCUAAAUGGUAUAACCGGUCCGACUUUCCUCGCAAUGCGAUGAGAGACAAUAUCAACCGCCGCAAAGGAUUGUUGAUGCACAGCAAAAUUCUCUUCGUGCGACCAGAGGACGGUAAAAUCAUCGACGACGCAAACAAGACCGCAUAUCGUGGCUGGGCAUACAUCGGAAGUGCGAAUUUGUCAGAGAGCGCUUGGGGCCGUCUUGUCCUAGAUCGAUCAACUACCCAACCGAAACUCAAUUGCAAGAACUGGGAAUGCGGCGUCAUAGUACCGAUUGCAGACCGCGGACCAAGUGCAACAGAGGAUAGAGGUAACGACGUGGACCGGGUGUUCGCAGGCUCUGUGCCUGUCCCGAUGGAAUUCCCUGCGCCAGAAUAUGGGCCAGACACGAAACCGUGGUAUUUCCUUGAAGAUGAUUAG